AUGGUACAAACGUUAUGUCACCUGCCAGAGUGCCUCGCUUUCUCGACCCAGCAGGCCUCCUGUGUCUCCUCCACCCCCACCCAGCUUGUGGGUAGUGUGGCUGAGUGGUCUAAGUUCAACCUGCGGAAUUUAAAGGCAAAAUGGCGACAGGGUGAUGGAUGGCAGGCGAAUAUCCAGCACUUAACCGAGUGUCAUGGCGAUCUUGUCAUUGCCUACGAAUUUCCAGCGUCGGAAAGGCUGGCGAUCACAUGUCUGGAUGGUGCCACUCUUUUGGAAACUAUUGAUGCUGUCUCUGCCAUGGCAGCAGUGAGAAAUAGUGCCGAGAAAGAGAAAGAGGUGGAAUCUGCUGAAUAUUACACUCAGGAGCUGUCAGGCUCUCACACUUCCUCUCCCACCACCUCUACCCACAACAACAACAGCAGCAGUGUGGGACCACAGCAGUGCCAAUCUUUGGACAGUCACCAAAGCCUUUUAAAUGGAGCACAGCCGAACCCAUUUGUCUGUGGCGGUGUCCUGGCUGCCCCCUGCACAGACGAUUCAUUGCCUUCAGGAGCACUUGUUAAUGGAUCUGCUUCACACUGUACCUCAGAGGAACCCCACGUCCCCAACAAGGAUGCAUCCCCUUUGGCUGGGACAGACACCAACCCUGAGGUGUUGGAGCCUCCCUGCGAGCUUCAAUCAAACACUUGGCAAAAACCAGAAGGGCACAUUAUGAAAGCACCAUCCACACGGACCCUAUCUGAGUCGGACAACAGCGACUGUGAGACUCCCUUGGUAGAGGACAAUGCAGAUAACGGGGCAAUCAGCCGGGUGUGGACAAACAACGGCUUCAAAACAGGAUCCUUAUGGGAUGUCGAUUCUGAGUCAGAGUCGUCAGAAAGUUCCUCUGACAACUAUGACGGUCUAAACAGGAGCCUCAGAGAGAAGUUUAUGUGCUUCUUGCUGAAAGGCAGGAUACUUGAUGAAGUUGUGAAAGGAAAGAUAAAGGUAGGGGGUCUUCAGUCAGCCAGCUCAAGGAGAAGGAAACGAAAAACAUGCAGAGUGAAAAGGAUACCAAUAGAAGAUAAAGUUAACGAGGGCUUCAGCUGUGCCUCCCUUAUUAACACGGACUUGGAUUUUGAUUCAUCAAUUAGUGAAGAACGUUCCUUGAUGCAGGAUUCAGAAAGUUUGAAAGCACACAUAGACUCGCAUCUGGGGAAUUCCCAAGACAAGAAGAACUUAAUUUCAAGUGAUGAUGUAGGCGGGCACAAUGAAGCAGACACCUACGUGGGUGGCCAACCUAUGCCAUUAAAGAGACAGCAGGAAACAGGCUUGGAGACAGAGCACACGUUCUUCCAAUGCACAAAGUGCAAUGUUAAUUUCAAGGAGAAAAGGCAUUUGCAUAGGCAUAUGAUGUAUCAUUUAGAUUGGCAUAAUCGGGUAGGGCAAGCGAGCAUCCACCCCUUUAUAUGCAAAGAGUGUGGGCGUUCAUUCUGCGAGCGUUCUUCCCUGCAGAAGCACAUGCUGAUCCACCAGGUGCGAAGGGAGAAGCUGAUGGAGGAGAUUAAAGAUCUGAACGAACUGAGAGGCCAGAGAGGAGAAGCUCAGCUUCAGUGUCCCCAGUGUGCUUUUGAAACAAACUGUCCACAAACAUUUAUUCAUCAUGCCAAGACCCAUGAAAAGGGCAAACAGUUUUAUUAUGGUUGUGAAGAAUGCAAUCACAUAGUGUUGAACAAGUCAGAUAUGGAAGCACACCAACAAAUAGCUCACCUCAGUGCAUGCCAAGAAAGAGUCAUAAAACCCUUGGGUAUGCUUCUUUGCAAAAUUUGCACAUUUAGAACAAAGUAUAGAGACGUUUUAAGAAAGCACCUGAAACUUGUACAUGACCAGCCACUUUGUGAUUAUGAACUUCAGUCACACAGUAUGGCAACUGACCUUGCAGGAUCUGUGUCCGGGCAGGACAGGAUAACGGGCCAAACUGAAACGGACAACUUAUCUCCACCUUCACUGAAGCCAAAGUUCCUCAGAGAAAAGCAGAACAAAAGUGGAGCAGGCCUGUCUGCAUGGUCCAAUAACCUAGCUGACCUUUUUCUAAGAGAUAACGGCACACAAAAAUCCUGUAAAAGUUUGAGCUCCUCACUGAUCAAAUGGAGUUUUGGCAGCUUAGCAAACAACCUGUCACCGUCUUCCCUGCAAUGUGACAAGCCAAGUAAAUUAUCUCUGCCUACAGAGAGGAUAGAUGUGACAACGGGUCUCUCCUAUGGUGAAGAGGACAAUCAAGAAUGUGAAAGUGCUGUCUCCAAAUACAACACAAAAUAUCUCUCCAGCUUUGACAUGAACCUUUCGACCAAGUCUGCAGACUCCAGCAAAGCUGUACAUCUGGAUUAUGAUGAUAUUAACACUUCCAAAGGUCCCUCACCUGGGAGCAGUUUAGCGGUACAGAAACAAAAAUCUCCCUCUAAAAGAAAAAUGUCCAUUCCAUAUCACAACACUCCUAAGAAAAUUCCAAUAAUUGUACCAAAACGUGAAUCCGCAACUCCAGAAAGGAUUGAUAUUUGUUCUUUGCAGCGUGCCAACUACAGAAGUGCUAAUUUUGAUUGUGACAAUCAAAGCAUAGCACACUACCUGCAUAGCAGUGAGGCCACUGACCCCUUAACUCAGCAGGGACAUUUGCUCAAAGCUGACGCUCAUAACUCUCCUGAUCAGUCAGAUCUUGGUAGCAACACGGAAGGCGAGGAUGAGAUCAGCACACUCAUAGUGAAAGAAGAGAACAUAGAGAGCGCGGUGAGCGAGGACAAUCCAGAGUGUACCGAUCCUAAUCUCAGCGAUUCGUACACCAGUUACUGUGUGUCCCCCGUGUUCGAACCAGAACGGAAGUGCUGUCCAUAUUGUCCUGCUGUGUUUGAGUCAGGGGUGGGCUUGUCCAAUCACAUAAGAGGACAUCUGCACAGAUGUGGGUUAAGCUAUGAGGCUCGUCACAUGCUGUCACCUGAACAGGUGGCGUCUCAGGACCGGCAGCCUCGCAUUCGCAGAAGAGCAACCUCCAUAAACAACAGGAUCCGGAGAGCAGAUAAACCUGAGUCUCAGACUGAACACACCUGCCCCCUGUGUCUGGGCUGGUUCGACACUAAAACCGGCCUGUCCAAUCACGUGCGGGGUCACCUGAAGCGGAUCGGCAAGCCAAUCUCGGGUGUCAGCAAGUCUCCCCUGUGCAUCCUCACCGAGCUCCUCCAGGACAAGAACGAGCAUGAGAACGUUCUCCGAGCGCUGGAGACCAAACCUCGCCUUUCCAGACCCAUUGUUUCUCGGAAGUUUGCAGGAAGCGAGGGCCUGUUUCUUACGCCCACUGGUGUCCCAGUAAAGAUCCAGAACUCUGCUAACAGGCUGGUCCAUGAGGAAGGUGAGCAGAUGAAGAGGAAGGAAGAGAUGAUGAACGAGAACAGCAAAAGCACUUUAGUGGAGCUUCUUAAAAGGCAGAAACUGGACCAGGAGCUGGCAGUCACAUGCCACUCGAAGAAAGCUAGAGCUCGUUUUAUCAUUUCUCCAUCUAAGAAGGUUUCUCCUGAAGCUUUGCCUGACAGCAUGUGUAGCCAAGGGAGGUUUGACGGGAAUAAGAAGAUUUGUAUCCACUGUAAUGCAACUUUCCACAGCGGCGUCAGUCUUUCCAAUCAUCUUAGGGCUUAUGCACGCAGGAAGAGGAUCGCCAUGGUGGAGGGAACGUCAUAUGAUUGUAAUCAGAAAUUGCCUCGCUCGAGGUCCGGGCCAAAGAGGAAGGCGUUCCACACUGUACACACCACCUCUGAAGUGAUUUACACACUGACAUGCAGGUUCUGCGAUCUGGUCUUCCAGGGGCCACAGUGUGUGCAGGAGGACUGGGUGAAGCACCUGCAGAGACACCUCAUGCACACUGCUGUCAGAGGCACAGGCGCUGGGAUGGUGGAGGUGCCAGCUGUGUGUGAGGAGCCGUGUGCUCCAGACUGUGUCACUCAGGGGCUCUAAAUCACGUUUACACACAAGCUUUAUUCACGGUACCACUCUUCUGCGUAUGUACAUAAAAAGAUAGGAAGAGAAGUACAAAAAUUUAUUCUUUAUAGAGCUAUCUCUGGACAAGUCUAGAAAUCUAUAUAAAAAUAUUUAUGAAUAAAUAAAACAGAAACAAACAGAAAACAAAAGAGAGAUCAAGAGAGAGAGAAUAUUUUCUAAUACUGCACAUAUUUUCUCUUCUCUUUAACUUUAUUUUUUUUUUUUUUAAUGUUCCCCUUAUAGGCAUGACAUUUGUCCAAAAAAAAUAAAUGUCUGGUAUUGACACGUUCCUACAUUUAAUAUAGUCUUGUACAGAGCUGAAUAUUUGCUUAGAGAUAAUUUGCUCUGAUCUAUUUUUAAACCACAGUCAUACUUGGUUCACAGUUUUACAUUUAUUGCUAAAACUUCUUCUGUAAGUGUAAUUCUUGGGUAACUAUGGAUGUGCUGAAACUUUGGCCACUGAAAAGAUUAUUAUUAUUAUUAUUAUUAUUUUUGUUUUUAAGAUUAAAUAGUAUCAAACUAUCACUUUAUAAAUCAUUUCACUCUUAGUUAGUGGUUAAAAAAUGCCUGGCCCUUAUUCAUCAAAAUUGUAUAGCGUAAAGUCUUUCAGAAACGUAAACGAGUGUGUGAAAGUUCCCUUAUCUUCUCUGUAUUAAAAAAAAAAGUAUAUUUUUGAUAAGGGUUUAUUUUCUUAGAAUUAAUGUACUUGAAUAAAAUCGUUUAACUUCAGAAUGAGAUUAA